UAAUUCGACUGAUUGUUUAAAAUAUUCGCUUAGGAACGUUCCUUUCAUCCUUGAAUCUAUAUUUUCAUUAUCUGAAGAAUUUCAGAUUUGUAGACGUUUUUUGAGAAGAAAAACCUUGAUUGCAGCUAUAAUCGCCACGUGUAGCAUAAUACGACAUAGAUUUAUUUAUAUACAUGCGUCAAAUGUAUCGGAUAAUUAUUUUAAUGAAAGAAUCGUUAUAUGGCUUCAUUGUCACGAAUCCAAAAUGAGAUGACGAAAGUCGAGAUCAACUAUUCCUGACUAAAGUUUACCAUUUUGUUACCUAUACAGUAUCGAAUAGGAUUUUUAGCGCAAAUAUUCUAAAUAGAAUUAUAUUUUUUAAAAUGAACAGCAUUCACGCAGGAAUGUGUAGAACUGUUCGUAAAAUGGGAGCACUUACGAUAUUAUUUAGAACGUACGAAAAAGACCUUCCAUUUGUACCAAAAUGCAAACAAGCAAAAGAUGCAGAAUUGCUAAAAUUAAAAGAAUUUAUUAAUAAUCAUAAUGACAUUUGCAUAUUGACAGGAGCAGGAAUCUCUACAGAAAGUGGUCUCCCUGAUUAUAGAUCUGAGGGCGUUGGGCUCUAUGCAAAGAGCAGUCGUAGACCGGUACUUUACAAAGAUUUUUGCAAAAGUGAUGCUAUUCGAAAACGUUAUUGGGCAAGGAAUUAUGUAGGUUGGCCAAGGUUUUCCUUCAUUAAGCCAAAUAACACUCACAAAGUAUUGAAAACAUUAGAGGAUGCAAAUAAAAUAAAAUGCAUCAUCACUCAAAAUGUGGAUAACUUGCACGCAAAGGCAGGUAGUAGGAGAGUCAUAGAAUUGCAUGGGACAGCUUUUAGAGUAAUGUGUCUUAACUGCGAUCGACGAAUAUGUAGACACUUGUUUCAAAAUAUUUUAAACAAGCUAAAUCCAAAUAUAACAGCAUCUAGUCAAAUGAUAAGACCUGAUGGGGAUGUAGACCUAUCACAUGAACAAGUGGAAGGAUUUGUUGUUCCCCCGUGCGAAGAAUGCGGCGGUAUCUUGAAGCCCGACAUUAUAUUUUUCGGCGAUAAUGUACCGCGUCAAAUAGUGGAAAGCGUGAAAUAUAAUGUCAAACAUUCCGACUCGUUAUUGGUUCUGGGUUCUACGUUGACCACAUAUUCCGGGUAUAGGAUAGCGUUGCAAGCUAAUGAAAUUGGAAUACCAAUAGCCAUAUUGAAUAUCGGUGAAACUAGGGCGGACGGUCUUGCAAACAUCAAAAUGGAAGGUAGAUGCGGCGACGUACUUACAAGGAUUUUUAGGAUGAUUGAUCCACGCGAAGUAUUUACAGAAGGCUAACAAAUUAAUUAAAUGCAAUCUAGGUAAUUUAACUCUUCUAUUUAUCAUAAACUGGGGCUGAAAUUACUGUAAAUUAACGGAUAAUGUAGCAAUAAAGAAAACAUUUUAUUGUAUUUCAAUUAAGAUAGUACCAUGUAGUAGACUGAGUUGAGUAGAUUUUAUUUACGAGUAACGAAUGUUAGGUUUCGUUCGUAAAUUGAUUUGUAAAGUAGAAUGCAUUACACUACUGAGUAGGGUUAGG